CUUUUUUGUCUCUCACCCUGAACCUUGGUCACUUCUCACCCACCCUUUCGCCGCCUCCUGCAUGGCGCCUGUGGGGAUGAGAGACGGGCGCACGCUGGCGUCUCUUGCACUACAUACACUAGAAGAUGGCUGCAUUCCGGCGGCUAAGUAGCCCAAUGAUAGUCGCGACGGUCCCGAUUUGAGACCCUUCGCAGCUGGAUCACGCACCACCUCGACGCCAAACGCGCAUAUUGACGCAUGGCGCUAGUCUUGACAGUGCUGACCGUCGAAUCAAGCGCGCGUAUCAGCGGCAGCAGGUUCGACGAUGCUCCCCAAGACCAACGAACGAUCAUCGGCGAGGUGACUGCUCGGAACAGCGGUGGAGCUUGCGAGCACACCACACCCGACCCCAUCGUGCCCAUCACGACUUCGACGCUCGAGCCACGCAUCGUUCACGCCCACAAACUUGUCUGGGAAGGUGCAAAAACGGCAAGCAGGGAUCGUGAGUUCCGAAAAUCCCGCCGCCAAGGUAAGCGUGCUGUGGGGGCCAAUUGGGGCCAUCCAGGAUGGGCAUGGCGUGGGACUGUAAUUCUUCCGAUUGGAUCCGAUCACACCUGCGAUUGCUCGCCUGGGAAACGGCGGGUCUCUUGCGGAGAUCGAAUUUGGUGCUUCCCCGGUGCCGAACUGAUCUCGGGCCCGGACGCCACACCCAGUUCUCGGCCGCAAACUCCCCCCGCGCAGGUUUUGAACUGGCGCAAAACACCACAGCUGGGUCUUUAAUAAAUGAGCCCAGCGGAACUAUCAAAAAUUUCCACCG